AUGUCCCCGAAGCACAACAAGCUGGCCGAAGAGGCGAAGCUCGUCACCGAGGAGCUCGUUCGAUGCGCUAUCCUUUGGCACGAACAGUGGAACGAAGCCCUGGACGAGGCGAGCCGGCUGUAUUUCCAGGAGAACGACAUCCCCGGUUUCCUGGCAACCCUCGACCCGAUGCACCAAAGGCUGAAGACGGCCCCGAUGACGAUCAAGGAACACUCGUUUGUUCAAACCUACUUCGCCGAUCUGACGGACGCGCUCAAGUUCUGCAACGCCUACCGCAUUGGCCAAGACCGAAAAGAGCUGGCACAGGCCUGGGAAAUCUACAUCAACGUGUUCAAGCGGAUUCAAGGUCAACUUCGACAACUGACCUCCCUGGACCUGACGUACGUGUCGCCAAAGUUGAAGAAUGCCAAAGAUCUCUCCAUUUCGGUCCCCGGCACCUACGACCCAGCACAAACGGACGAGGACAUUGUCCGCAUCAGCUACGUCGACACCCUGCUGACCGUCAUCAGCAGCAAGCAAAAGCCGAGGAAAAUGCAGAUGAGAGGCAGCAACGGACGGGAUUACAUGUUCCUGCUAAAGGGGCACGAAGACCCGCGCCAGGACGAGCGUGUCAUGCAGCUAUUCGGACUGGUUAACGCCAUGCUAGCGAAAAAUGAAGAAACCGGACGCACGAAUCUUGCCAUUCAGCGCUAUUCCAUCAUUGCCCUCUCGCAAAACUCGGGCCUGAUCGGCUGGGUGCCAAACUGCGACACGCUGCACACGCUCGUCAAGGAGUACCGCGAAAAGAAGAAGAUCUCGCUAUCUGCGGAACACAAAGAAAUGCAAGCCAACGCGCAAGAUCUGGAGACGCUGCCGCUCGAUCAGAAGGUGCAACUUUUCAACCUGGCCCUCGCAAAGACAAGCGGCGAUGAUUUGCAGAAGAUUUUGUGGCUCAAGAGUCCCAGCUCCGAAGUUUGGUUCGACCGGCGCACGAAUUACACCCGCUCGAUGGCCGUGAUGAGCAUGGUUGGGUACAUUCUGGGGCUUGGCGAUCGCCACCCCUCAAAUCUGAUGCUCGACCGGCUAACGGGCAAGAUUGUGCACAUCGACUUUGGCGACUGCUUCGAGGUGGCCAUGUCCCGGGAGAAAUACCCGGAAAAGAUCCCCUUCCGCUUGACGCGCAUGCUCAUCAAGGCGAUGGAAGUCUGCGGCAUUAAUGGUAACUAUCGUCAUACUUCGGAGCGAGUGCUCGGUCUUUUGCGUGCGAACAAAGAUUCUCUGCUCGCCGUCCUUGAGGCCUUCGUCAAUGACCCGAACAUCAACUGGCGGUUGUUGGAAGUGAACCGGCAACGACGGAACCCCGCCGAGAAGCAGGACAUUUCCAAGAUGGUCAAGGACGAAGGGCUCAGUCAAGAGUCGGCUCGAAAAAUUGUCGAGCGGAUCAAGAGCAAACUCAUCGGGCACGACUUCGAACCGGAGCGCGAGUACAACGUCGUCGAGCAGUUCAACAAGCUCGUCGAAGAGGCCACAAACGCCGAAAAUCUGUGCCAAUGUUACGUGGGAUGGUGCCCGUUCUGG